AUGGAACAAUCCCCGCCACAACAACAACAACAACAACCAAUAAAGACAGACCCAUCCUCUUCAUCUCGUCAACAUCAUCAUCAUCACCACCACCACCAUCACCAUCAUCACUCCACUCCUGGCGGUUCAACCGGUAGUGGCUCCAGGAAUGGUCUAGGAGAUGGUGCUCAUAUUGGUAAUUAUCAAAUAGUGAAAACAUUAGGAGAAGGUUCAUUCGGUAAAGUGAAGCUAGCUUACCACAUGACUACUGGUCAAAAAGUGGCUCUCAAAAUCAUCAAUAAGAAAGUACUAGCUAAGAGUGACAUGCAAGGUCGUAUUGAGAGAGAAAUUUCAUACUUGAGAUUAUUGAGACAUCCUCAUAUUAUCAAAUUGUACGAUGUUAUUAAAUCGAAAGAUGAAAUUAUUAUGGUUAUGGAAUAUGCGGGAAAUGAAUUGUUUGAUUAUAUCGUACAGAGAGAUAAGAUGAGUGAGAAUGAGGCAAGGAGGUUUUUCCAACAGAUUAUUAGUGCCGUGGAAUAUUGUCAUAGACAUAAGAUUGUUCAUAGAGAUUUAAAGCCGGAAAAUUUGUUAUUGGAUGAACAUUUGAAUGUCAAGAUUGCAGAUUUUGGGUUAUCUAAUAUUAUGACUGAUGGGAAUUUCUUGAAGACUUCAUGUGGGUCUCCAAAUUAUGCAGCUCCUGAAGUUAUUAGUGGAAAAUUGUAUGCUGGUCCAGAAGUGGAUGUUUGGUCUUCGGGGGUCAUCCUUUAUGUCAUGUUAUGUCGUCGUUUACCCUUCGAUGAUGAAAGUAUUCCUGUUUUGUUCAAAAAUAUUAAUAACGGGGUUUACACUAUCCCUAAAUUUUUAUCUCAAGGUGCUUCUUCUUUAAUUAAAAGAAUGCUGAUUGUCAAUCCAUUAAAUAGAAUAAGUAUUAGUGAAAUCAUGCAAGAUGAAUGGUUUAAAGUCGAUUUACCUGAAUAUUUAUUGUCCCAAGAUUUAAGAAACCAAGCUGAAGAGCAACAACAACAACAACAAAAGCAAGGGAAAGAAUCAGAAACUGACGAAGUAAAUACAUCUGUUGCUUCCGAGAAUAACGAUGCAACUAAUGCAUUAACUGAAGAAAUAGAUGAUGCCUUAGUGACAACAUUAUCAAAGACAAUGGGGUAUGAAAAGGAAGAAAUUUAUGAAUCUUUAGAAUCAAGUGAAGAUACUCCUGCAUACAAUGAAAUUAGAGAUGCUUAUAUGCUAAUUAAGGAUAACAGAUCUCUAGUAAGAGAUAUGAAAGCAGAUAAAUCAAUUGGUAACGAGUUAGAUACAUUCUUAGCACAAUCACCUCCCUCUUUUGACAAAUUACAACAAAGAAGAAUGCAAACCACUACUAUGGAUUCAUCAUCUUCUCCUUCUUCUUCAAGUAAGAAACAUUCCAAACGUACAGCAAGUUCUGUAACUCAACAAAGAACUUACCAUCAAGCGCCAUACAUGGAUCAAUCUAAAGAAGAAGACUCCACAAUUUCCAUAUUACCAACAUCAUUACCACAAAUUCACAGAGCGAAUAUGUUAGCUCAAGGAUUACCAGCUGCAUCCAAGAUAUCGCCAUUAGUUAAUAAAAAAUCUAAGACAAAAUGGCACUUCGGUAUUAGAUCACGUUCGUAUCCAUUAGAUGUCAUGGGUGAAAUUUAUAUCGCUUUGAAAAAUCUUGGUGCAGAAUGGGCAAGACCUUCUGAAGAAGAUUUAUGGACCAUAAGAGUUAGAUGGAAAUAUGAUAAUGGAUCAAUCAAUAAUAACAACGGUAAUAUGACAAUGAUUAGUAAUAAUAGUAAUAAUAUAAAUUCAACAAAUACUAUGACUUCAAGUAAUGAUGCCAUCCCUGACUUAAUGAAAAUGGUUAUCCAAUUAUUUCAAAUCGAAACAAAUAACUAUCUUGUUGAUUUCAAGUUUGAUGGUUGGGAAAAUUCAAACGGCCAAGUGGUAACAAAUUCAAAUAUUUCCGAAGAUGAAAUGAGUACAUUUUCUGCCUAUCCUUUCUUACAUUUAACUACAAGAUUAAUUAUGGAAUUAGCUGUAAAUAGUCAAGGAAAUUAA